AUGGGCAUUAUGGAGUUAUUCUCACCGAUAGCAAUCGCCGUUCUGGGAAGCUGUGUUCUUUUCUUAUUCUCUUGGUUGAAGAAUUUGCUUGGACCCCCGUGCAUCCAGGGCUGGAUUCCCUGGAUAGGAGCUGGACUUGAGUUUGGGAAAGCCCCUCUUGAAUUUAUAGAAAAAGCAAGAAUCAAGUAUGGACCGGUAUUUACAGUCUUUGCUAUGGGAAACCGAAUGACCUUUGUUACGGAAGAAGAAAGAAUCGAUGUGCUCCUAAAAUCUAAACAUGUAGAUUUUGAAUCAGCCGUACAAAGUCCUGUCUAUCACACAGCAUGGAUUCCAAAGAAUGUCUUCUUUGCACUGCAUGAGGAACUGUAUGUCUUGAUGAAAGGGAAGAUGGGAACUUUCAACGCACAUCACUUUACCGGGCUGCUAACUGCAGAAUUUCAUGAUCAACUGGAAGGUUUAGGCACUCAUGGAACAAUGGACCUGAAUGACUUUGCAAGGUAUCUACUUUAUCCAGCCACACUCAAUACCCUCUUUAUGAAAGGGUUGUUUCUCACAGACAAGAGGACAAUCAAGGAAUUCUACCAGCAUUUUAAAACCUGUGAUGAGGGCUUUGAGUAUGGCUCCCAGCUGCCUGAAUGGCUUCUGAGAGGGCAGAAGAGGGCAUCGGAGUCUCCAGAACUGAAAUCAGAGAUGGCUAUUGUAUUCUGGACACUUGGAUAUAUCCUGUCUCGUCCAGUCCACAGGACCAUUUUAGAAAGCGUAUCUUCUGUGUUUGGCACUGCAGGGAAAGACAAGAUUAAAGUGUCUGAAGAGGGCCUGAAGGAGCUUCUUCUAAUUAAGUGGUGUAUUCUGGAAUCCAUCUGCUUGAGAGCCCCUAGUGUCAUUACUAGAAAGGUAGUGAAGCCAGUUAAAAUUCUGAAUCACACAGUUCCUUCUGGUGAUCUGCUGAUGUUCUGGCUACACAGAAAUCCAAAAUAUUUUCCUGAACCUGAGUCAUUCAAUCCUGAACGCUGGAAAGAGGCAAAUUUAGAUAAGUACAUUUUCUUGGACUACUUCAUGACAUUUGGAGGUGGGAAGUUCCAGUGUCCUGGAAGGUGGUUUGCUCUCUUAGAGAUUCAACUAUGUAUUAUCUUAGUGCUGCAUAAGUAUGAUUGUAAUCUUCUGGACCCAUUACCAAAGCAGAGUUCUCGUCAUUUGGUGGGUGUCCCCCAGCCUGCAGGGAGAUGCCGGAUUGAAUAUAAACAAAGAGCUUGACUUCCAUUGGGACUCAAGAGAUUCAGAACCUUCUAGAGGAGUGAAGCUACGUGCCCAGCUACUAUCCUCCCAGCACCUCGACCUGAAG